UUCUCGCGCACCCUGGGCCCCCAAGGAUGCUGGGGACGUGACGAGGAUAUGGAAUCCUGUGCCUUAUUUCUUGGAAGUGGCGUGGCUUGAGCAUAGUCCAUUUGAGCAGCUGAAGUCUGAGAGUGUUUGUGAAACAUGAAUUUCUAGAAUCUCAAGACCACUGGAAUGGACUAAACCUGGCUAAACAAACGUAUUCGCGAUGGAUGAAGACUCAGAUGAAGAUUGUGAUCUCAUCCAGCCUAGCUUGAUUCAACAGAUCAAGAAAAUUCUGGACCAGUACCCAGAUGAUGGGCAAAUUCUCAAGGAACUUAUUCAGAAUGCAGAAGAUGCUGAAGCAAGAGAAGUGAAGGUCUUGUAUGAUGAACACUCCUAUGGGACUCACAGUCUCUUUAAACCAGAGCUGGCAAAAUUUCAGGGCCCUGCCUUGUAUGCAUACAAUAACGCCAGGUUUAAACGAGAUGACUGGAAUGGCCUCCGUAUGCUAUGCGAUAGCAUCAAAGUCAAGGACCCCAUGAAAGUCGGCCGCUUUGGGUUGGGCUUUAAGUCCGUCUUUCACAUAACAGAUCUGCCAAGUGUGAUAAGCAACGAUCGCCUUCGUAUGAUUGAUCCACAAGAGACGUUCGUCAGCACCCCAGAGAGAAGGCGAACUGGAAGAGGGUGGCACCUGAAGAAGGACGCUGCGUCAAUACGCAGAACUCCUGACCAGUUUGCUCCUUACAAGGGAAUUUUCAACUGUUCCCAGGAAGCUUUCGCUAAUGGAGAAUACGACGGAACACUGUUUCGCUUCCCUUUAAGGCAAGAAGCAUCAAGAGUGUCGGAGAACGUUUAUUCUUGCAAGAAGAUCCAUGGUCUGUACGAGUGUUUCAAGGCCGAGGCGCACCUGACACUCCUGUUCAUGAAGAGCCUGGAGAGCAUCGAGCUGUAUGAGCGAGGAGUUGACGACAAGGAGCCCAAGAAGUGUUUCCAGGUGAAGAUAUCAGACUCAUGCCUCGAGCAUGUGAGAGAAGGGAGGCUCAACUUCGCCGAUCGUGUGCGCCAGAUUAGGGCCUUAGGUGGAAACGAAAGCGCAGUGUCAGAAACCUAUGUCAUGACGGUAGAAGCAACUUCUUAUCCCUUAUCCGGCAUACCUUCAACACAACAACACACUUUUGUUGUGACGCAAUACUACAGCGGUAAUGAGGCAUCAUCUGAGCUGAGGGAACUUAUUAAUGAAGAGUCCCUUAGUUACAUGCCGUGGGUAGGGGUGGCUGCCCCCCUUGAUCUAGCAAGCAGCAGUUCAUGGCUGGCUGCCGUAGACGCCCAGCAGCCGAAAGGGCAUAUCUUCUGCUUCCUGCCGCUGCCUCUAGAGCAGAAGAGUCUGACAGGUCUACCAGUCCAUGUGAACGGAUUCUUCGCCCUGAGCCAGAACCGCCGCCACCUAAAGUGGCCAAGUGCCGACCAGCAACAGACGGACCAGCGCAUCACAGACAAGAGCCUUCUGUGGAAUCGUUGUCUGCUUAAAGAAGUACUUCCUGCAGCCUAUGCCACGUUACUGCUAAAAAUGCCACGGAAGAAUGAUGCCAGGCUACUUACCGCUGCUUACUGCGCAUGGCCAGAUGAACAGAAAGUAGAUGUUAAGUGGAAGGUUAUACUAGAGCCAUUGUUUGAAAGGUUUCUUAUCCAUAAAGUCGCCUUCAGCGAAGUUAACGGUGGUAAGUGGUUGGGAUUCGAUAGCGUUAUAUUGGACAAGUUGGAUGCCACUUACGCUCCCGUUAUCACUGCCUUGCUGGAUGCUGGACAGAACAUCGCAAGACUUCCCCGUCGCGUUCACCAAGCACUAGACAGGUACUAUACCUAUUAUACCUAUUGCAAGGUCAAGGUGAUCACGCCCAAAUUCGUGCGGGACACUCUGCGCAGUUACCCCCAGUGCUACAAGGGAUUGAAACGCAAGGACAGCAUUGUACUACUACGUUACAUACUUCAAGACUCCAACUUUGAAGAUCUAGCAGGUCUGGCCUUGCUUCCCCUUGCUAACAACACGUUUGAAGUGUUCCAAAGAAAUGGUUUUGGGUUUCAGAAGAAGGUUUACAUGCCGUCCGAUCAACAUCCUGGUUCUCUGCUGCGAGGAUUGAAGAGUAUACUCCUAGACACGUCGAUAGAAGUGUCUGUUGUUGCGAGGUUACAUGAGGUCACACGGUCAGGCAAAACUCAGCUGCGAUCUUUGGACGCUGAGGCUGUCGCCACACACCUUAAGGAUGCGCUGCCUUCUGAUUGGUUCAACAACACUUCCGUGCUGUGGUAUCCUGAACGCUUUGACCACCCUUCUGUUGAAUGGUUCAAACAGCUUUGGCGAUAUUUUGUGGAUCACUUCCCAUUUCAUCUUAAUCGUUUCGGUGGUCUCCCCCUCAUCCCUGUCACCCCUCUGACAUCAUCUCCAGUUAAGAUGGCUCCCAUGAACACAACGCCUGUAACGCUUGCCCUAUCCUACAAGGGUGAUUCAUUGCCUACAAAAGUCAAAGAAGUUUUGACUGAGUGUGGAAUAACAGUGGUUGAGGAACUUCCACAAUGCAUCGAAAGUCACCCGGGCGUCGUCCCUCAGUUUGUGAGACGCCCAGACUCCCAAGGUGUAGUAGAAGCACUAGUCCAGGUGUUGCGAAGCUUUCCGCAAGCAUUCCCCCGCAAUCUCAGUCUUGAGCAUGUAAGACACUUAAAGGCUUUUCUUUCCGGCGCUAAACUUUCAGAGCCUCAAAAACAGGUGCUAAGAAAACUCCCUGUUUUCGAAACUGUUGGAGGUGUAAAAGGAAUGGCGAAGCAUGUAUCAAUAGAAAAUGUUCCAGUAGGCUUGGAAUCGAGUGAUUUGCCCCCUGUACCCCUGGAUAGGGAAGUCAUCAACCUCCAAGACCUAAUUAGCCGUAACCUAGGUCAGUUGCUUGGAGUCGUGGUACUUCAACCCAUGGACCUCGUCCAUGACCUGCUUUACAAGAUCUCAAGAAGCGAGAUGGAGGAGUCUCAAGUCGAUGCCCUCAUGGACUAUGUCCUCAGCCGUCUGCAACAAUACAACAAGAAGAAUAAUCUGAAAACCGUCCUGAUGAACAUAACAUUCGUGCCUGUCAAAGGCUGUCGACGUGCCAUGCCGAAAGACCUGUUUGACCCGAGCAAGCAGUCUCUCAAGCACAUUUUUUACGGUGAAAAGGGCAGGUUUCCUCUCGAGGGGACUUACACUGAACGUUACCUUUAUGAAAUGCGGGAGCUUGGUCUGAAGGGAGAGGAGCAAAUCACAGCCGACGAUAUCCUGCAGAGCGUCAAAGUGGUCUCCAGUAUCAGCGAGGCACCGCAAGCCAAUAAGAAAGCAAGUACUAUCCUCGAAUUCCUUUCCACUCGUGAGAACCUCCUGUGGCAUCUUUGCUCGCCGGGUGGCACUCUGAUGCAGCUCUUGAUGAACAUUUCCUGGGUACCUGUACUUAAGGACAAACCAGAAGCUUAUCCAAGCUGUCUCCCGCUAAAGGCUUCGGGUCUCCUUGAAAAGCCCAUGAAUGUAAAGACACAGAAGUUUGCCUUCCUUAUUGGAUCGACUAAACCACUCAUUGCAUUUUCGAGAUUAGAUGCAAAAUUGACAGAUGCAUUUGGCUGGAAUACAAAUCCCAAAGUUCAAGAAGUUCUGGAGCACUUGAAGAACGUCGUCGCAUGCUACGACGUCGGGGAGAAGGCAGCAAUUAUUUCUGUUGUGAAGAAAAUCUACGAUUUUCUUUCAGGAACCAGUAAUGUUGAGGUUGUUAAUGGGUUGAAGCUGCUUGGGAUGUCCAGCUGGGUGUGGAAUGGAGAAGGAUUCUGCGCACCUGAAGAUAUCGUGGCCGAGAAGCCAUCACUUGACUUGUCACCUUAUUUAUGCACCUUACCCUCAGAGACACAAGGGCACAGGCAGCUGUUCCUUGGCCAUGGAAUGAUAGUAAAAUGUGGCGACGAAGUUCUUCUGAAGGUGCUUGCCAAGAUCAGAGAUAAGCACGAGGCACAGACGCACCCCCAUGCCAACGACACAAGACGAGACCUGCAAAUGUCCAUUGACAUUUUGAAUGAGCUCAAGCCCAACGCAGGCUCACAUCUGAGUGAAGAGUUCCGGCAACAGCUACUAAUCCCAUUAGAUAACGAUGAUAGUAAUGAGUUGCAGUUUGCGCCUGUGGAUGACUGUACCUACUGUGACGUGGAGUGGCUGAAGCAUGGCAACGAGGCAUCCGAUGUCGAUGACGAGUUAAACAUCAAGUUCAUUCAUCGAAAUAUCUCCCCUCAAACCGCGGAGGAUCUGCAAGUGCCAACCCUGAUGAGUCGAAUGCUGGAUGCGGAGGAGCUUGAAUUUGGGGAGAGCUUUGGCCAGUACGAGCCUCUCACUCGCCGGCUGCAGAGACUGCUUGAGGAGUACACCGACGGCUUCUCCGUCCCAAAGGAACUUAUUCAGAACGCCGAUGACGCAGGUGCAACCGAAGUGAGGUUCCUGUACGAUGAACGAGCGAACGAGGACGCUAUGACUUGUCUUAUUAGCGAAGGAAUGAAGGAAUGCCAGGGUCCUGCUCUCUGGGUUUACAACAAUGCAGUCUUUACUGAUGCAGAUUUUCAGAAUAUCACCAAGUUGAACGGCGCCACCAAAGAAGAGGAUUCUGGGAAGAUUGGAAGAUUCGGACUUGGUUUCAAUGCUGUUUAUAACAUAACCGACGUACCAAGUCUGUUGAGCAGAAACAACCUGGUCAUAUUUGAUCCACAUACAACUCAUCUCGGUAGAGCUAUACGCGAUAAGAGCCGACCAGGAAUCAAGAUAGACGUGACGAGGAGUCGACAGAAACGAAACAAGUUAGCUAACCAGCUGAAGCCGUACAAUGACAUCUUCGGGUGCAACCUUAGACCUGACUCCGAUCAUGUGUCUUUCAAUGGGACUUUGUUUCGAUUUCCGCUGCGUACCAAGGAGCAAGCUAGACGAAGUGAAAUCAAGAAUCUGCAGUAUGACCACGGGGAAGUUGUUAAGCUGCUGCAGAUGUUUGUCAGUGGAGCGGAGUCCUUGCUGCUUUUCACCCAGAAUGUCUGCAAGGUCAGUGUCUACCAUCUGCCUAAAUGUAGCUAUGAUGCUUCUGAGCCUGUCGAAUUGAUGACAGUUCUCAAAUCAGGAGUCAAGUUUAUCCGGGAGCUAGACGCCAACGUCUCGUUAUCAGAACCUGCAAAAGAAUUACCAACCAAAGACCAGAAGCUCAUCAAGCAGUGCAACAUUCUAAAAGCUGCCACUGAAGCAUUGAAGCACAGCGAAGAUCGGCAGGUCCAGUCCUCGGUGCUUUUAAGGACAAGUUGCACUGUUUCAGAAAGUGGUCGCCAGCUGUUUGAUAGUAACCCCUCUCACGUCACCCAUUGGCUUGUUACAUCUACUUUGGUAGGAGAUACUGCGUGGCAGCUAGCGAAACGAAACGGGAAGCUUCUACCAGUUGCAGGUGCAGCAGCAAAGCUGAAGCAGAUGCCUGAUGGCGGAUUUGUACCCGAACCAUUCACGCCGCGUUCUAUUCAGCCUGUGAGUGUUGGGCACGUGUAUUGUUUCCUCCCGCUGCCCAUCCAGAGCGGACUUCCGGUUCACAUAAAUGGCAGCUUUGCGACUGACUCAAGCAGACGGCAUCUUCGAGAGAUGACCGAGGAUGACAAGCGAGAUUUCGGAUCUGAGUGGAACAACGUUCUCAUGAAAGAGGCGGUUUGCCACGCGUACUUGACACUUCUCGAAGACGUGAAGACUGUUCUUCCCCAAGAGGAGUCUGCCUAUCCGUUCCACUGCCUCUGGCCUUGUCCUGGGACUGCAGCCUCCUGCCUUAUCAUACAGCAUCAGUUCUACAAGUCACUAUGCUCUCCUAAUGACCCUCCAACAUUGUUCUCUGACAACGCCAGUUGGUGUGGCUUACCUGAAGUAGUCUUUCUUCACCCAGAGUUCCGCCACGAUUGUAAAAUUGGCGAAGAUGCAUUCCAAGUCUUCUCAAUUCUUCAAAAAGGCAAGGGUGUUGUGGUGGAUGUUCCCGGAGAUGUCUUUAACUCAUUUGUUGAAAGUGGAUGCAAAAGAGAGAUACUAAAAAGAUGCUUCAACAUGUACCGAGCCUACAAAGAGGUCUUUCUUCCUGCAAUCGAGUCGCCUCAUAUCUCUGACGAGCUAAAAGAUAAACUGAUCCUGUAUGCACUUACAAACAACGAGCACGGAAGCGAGGAGGUGAAAUGUCUGAUAAGAUUCACCAAGUGCAUCCCGACAACUCCAGACGGCAAUACCAGAAAAUGUCCCUCGGAUCUUAUCCAUCCGGAGCGUGAGGCAUCAAAGCUAUUCGGCGAAGAAGAUGGAAGAUUUCCGACUAGGACAUACAGAGAGCAUUCAACUCUUCGAGCGUUGGUACAGCUGGGAAUGCGCAGAGAUGAUCUCAGAUGGGACGAGAUUAUUGACCGAGCACAAAGUGUGCAGACCCUGAACGAGAGGUGUACCCCGAAGGCUUAUCCUGAAGCACUCUCCCGUGCCAAGGCUGUUCUUACGUUUAUUGGCGACAAAUUGGCAAACAACAACAAUCUUCCCAGCGAAAGCGAGAUUAAGGAAUUACAGCAAGUUCAGUUUCUACCAUACCUUCCAAAACCAGAAAACACGCCAUUCAAGUGGAAAGCUGAUGAAAUCCGUCCACACACAUUCCUGGCAGCUAGUUCUCUUUACUCAGGGCAAGAUGAAAAACUGAUAUCUACGACUGCACCAAUACUCGAUGACACAAACGAGGGUUGUGGUCGCUUCACAAGUGCAUUGGUCAAGCUAUUAGGUAUCAGAAAGAGUGUGACAAUGGAUCAGGUGAAAAGCCAGUUGCAAACGGUCAUGAAGGUGAAGUUGAGCUGUCUGGACAAUGACAGACUCGAUGAUGUGCGCAAGGUAUGUGCUGCCAUCUACGCGUACCUAGAGAGGAGCCUCGAGGGUGGCGAAACAGAUUUGAAGCAGUAUCUGCAAUCUAUGGAGUUCAUUCUCCAGGACCAACGUUUUUUGAAGAUAGACCAGGUGGCCUUUAGAUGCCCUCCAGGGCUGGCACCGUACCUUCAUAACCUUCAGAAGGAGUACGUCAAGAGGUUCUACUCGCUUUUCAAGGGGCUGGGGAUACGGGAUGAAUUUGGGGUUGAUGACUACAUUCGCACUCUGAGCCUGAUGAAUACGAAGUUUGCCAAUGCUGCGCUAGACCCAGAUUCCCUUCGAGCAGCAGUUGAGAUUGCCCAGCUACUAGGCAAACUUGAUGGAAUUGAUAAACGCCAAGCGAUUUACCUCCCUGAUUCCAAGUCCGUACUUAGAGUCGCCAAAGAGCUGUCAGUCAAGGAUUGUCCUUGGAUGCCGAACGAGCCUGGGAUAAACUAUGCCAACGAGAAAAUUCCUUUUUCGACCUGUUUUGAGCUCGGAGUCAAUACACGGAGAGAAGAUUUUCUUCGAAGACGCUCUCACGGGAUUCCUUUUGGACAGAAAGAGAAGCUGACCACUCGGCUGAAGAGGAUCUUAGAAGGUUAUCCUUGUGAUGGUGCGAUUCUGAAAGAGCUGCUUCAAAACGCAGACGACGCUAAAGCUUCAAAAAUCUGCUUUAUCAAGGACCUUCGUCGCCAUCCAAGCGAGAGAAUUUUUGAACGUUCAUGGAAACCCCUUCAGGGUCCAGCACUUUGCGUUUAUAACGACAGCCCUUUCACAACACCAGACAUCGAAGGUAUCCAACGUCUCGGAGAAGGUAGCAAGGGCGAUGAUCCAAACAAGACCGGCCAGUAUGGGGUAGGCUUCAACGCUGUCUACCACAUGACAGACUGUCCGUCAUUUGUCUCCAAGGGGCAAGAAGCAGGCGAGAUCAUGUGUGUGUUCGAUCCGAACUUGACGUUCGUGCCUGGGGCCACUGAUGAAGCCCCUGGAAGGCAGUACAAGGAGCUGGAUCAUCUUAGGAAUGUCUUCAGUGAUGUUUUCCCUUGUUAUCUAGGCGAGCACUUUCCCGUAGAGAAUGCCACAAUGUUCCGAUUCCCUUUGCGUGAUGUUCACAUGGCUUCCAGUUCUAAGAUAAGCAACAAGCCAUUUGAUAUCGAACAACUCAACAAACUGGUGCGAACGUUCAAGGCAGAAAUGUUCCACUCCUUGCUAUUCGUCAACAACGUUAGGGAAAUCUCUCUUUGCGAAAUAAGUGAAGUUUCUGGACAGCCAUUCGACGAGUACAAAGUCACGGCGACCUUGUCACCUGAAGACGAAAAAAGUCUAGAAGAAUUUGCAGGCUACGUUAAAGAAACUUCUAGAAUUCUCCGCAAGGGAAGUGUUUCUUUGGAGGACGUUGAAAAGAGAGAAGUCUCCUACGUAGUAAGCCUUGAAGAUAACCAAGGCAAGAAACAGAGAUGGCUCGUUGUUCAGCGAUGUGGAUUUGAACGUGAUGCCGAGGUGCCGUCUUGUGUUAACUCUGCUGUGAAGAAACAGGAACUCGGUCUGUUACCACGAGGAGGGGUCGCUACCUUGCUGGACUCCCCUUCGGCUGCUGACAAGAAAGCAUUCUGCUUCCUUCCAUUACCUUUCACAACUGGCCUUCCUGUCCACGUUAAUGGCCAUUUUGCCCUUGAUCACGAGGCAAGACGCAACCUAUGGCGCUCAGAAAGUGAAGGAGAUCACCGGGGCGCGUGGAAUACAAUGCUUCUUAAGUCCGUGGUGGCGCCGUGUUAUGUGACCCUCUUGAGUGAGAUGAGGCAACACCUAGGAAUCCAAGACACUGACGCUGUUAUUGGAAGGAGAAAAGCGCUCCAACAAACAGGGCAGUACUUGCGUCUGUUCCCGAAUCUACACAAUAACGAACCAUAUUGGGACGAACUAGCGAAGGAAGUGUACCGCUACAUUGGAAACAAGGAACUGCCCCUCCUGCCUGUCCAUCGCCCAGUGGAAGAUGAGUCUGCGAGUGAAAAGAAGGAACAGGAUGAACAAGCUUCACGUGUGAAGAUCGAGUGGUUUGCCCCAAAAGAAGAGGGUGGUCGUAAGCUGUUUUUCAAUGAUUUAAGUACCGUGACAGCCGAACAGUUCAAGAAAGAUGAUGCCUCCACAAAGCAACCUGCAAAAAGUGUUAGCUUUACCAGUCAUCGUACCUCGUUGUAUUCCGAUCGGGAAGCUGUUCUUUUAACCGACACGCUUCUGCGCAGCGGCCUGAACCUAGCCGAGGCUCCACUUAACCUUUUCAACAACUUCAAAAAAUCAGAUGUAGAUGUAGCAUGCGUUAAUCCAGAAGACGUCCUCUCCUUUUACCACACAGGCAGCAACAUCGAGUGCCUUCCCCAAUGUCUAGAAGACACUGGGAUAAAGAACGUGGAAAACCUGUUACUUGUGUUGGCGUACUGCAAACAUUCCAAUAAGUUUCUUAAAAGUCUUCACGGGCUGCCCUUGUUGCUAACACAAGAUGGAAUGCUCAAAAUGUUUGACCGGGAAAACCCGGUCUUUCUAACGACACACCACACCCUUACCCCAAGAAAUGCCUCACUGUUUGUGCACCGUAACCUCUUCAACAGUGUCUUUUAUGAGGCCCUGUCUAAAUCAAAUGUCUUCAAGCGGUUCGAUAUUGCCGCUUUUGCAAAGCUACUACCUAACAACCUCGAACGGAAGUACAAUGUUAGCGAUGAUUUUAUCGAAUGGGAUCCUAUUUCAGACAAAGGGAAUGACCUGCCCUCGAGGGGAUGGCUGUUCGGCGUCUGGAAGCUCAUAACAAGUGAGAUGAAAGAUGCGAUAAAGAACUGUGUCAAGAAGAACCAAAAGGAGAUAACAUUGGAGCACACAUUGAGACUGGUUCAAAACGUAGUAGCUCCUCUUCAAAAUUGGUGCUUAUUACCUGUCGAAGAGACCGAGUGCUCGUCGCUGGCUUCAAGUGGAACACGUCAUCGGCAACUGUUGGCACCUUUUUCUAUGUCAGAACUUGUUGUGUCGCUUCCAUCUCAAGUUGUGCCUUUCCGUUUCGAUUCUAUUUGUGGCGUACUACGAAAGCUGGCACUUCCAGAGAUCAACACGCGGGUUAUAGUAUCACCCAGCAACACAAGCAGCAUAUUUGAAAGCAAUGCUGACUCCUUGGCUCGCCUGCUUGUCGCCAAUGUUGGCAAUCCAAGACUGAUCCUCUCAGCGCUUUCCCACAAGCUAAAUAAAGUCGAACUCCCUUCUACCAUCACCUCGAAGGAUUGCAAAGAUGUGCUCACAUACUUCAACGGCAACGUGACAUCACUUUCGCCUGACGACUCUUACAGUUUGAAGACACUACCAUUUCACGAAACAGUGAAUGGCAAACACACCAGUAUCGCUGAAAUGAAAGGAUAUGUUCUACCAUCUGAAAUACCCAAGGCUGGAUUAAACAUCUGGGAAAGAAGUGGGCUAGUGUUUUUGAAAGGGGACCAAAGCCUUGAGGCUUUGUAUCAAUUCCUGGAUUGCCUGUGCGAGAAUUCCGUGGAUAUAUAUUGUGAAGUUAUUUUGCCUCGUUUCCAAGAUAUGACACAGCAAGCUCACAUUGACCAUUUGGAAUUUCUGAACGGAAAACUUGGUACACCUCAGCUGCAGCAGGGCGGCAAGCCAGACAGAAAUAGACUCAUUUCUUCAUUGAGCAGCCUUAAGUUUCUCCCUGGCGUUGUACAUGGCCAGCUGAAGCCCGCCUCUUCCUUCUACGAUCCACGCAACGAUGUUUUCAAAAUUAUGCUUGAAAGCAAGGCAGGGUCAUUUCCUCCAACGCCGUUUAACUCUGACUAUUGGCUAUCAUUCUUGUGUAAGAUCGGGCUUAUCCACAUCGUUAGCAACCAGAAGUUCGUAGAAUUUGCUAAAGAAGUGGCAAAUGAAGCCAAAUGUUCUAGAACCGAUGCCACCUUCAAGAAGUCGCUGACUCUUAUCGAGCAUCUUUUCAACCGAGAAGACAUAACAACUAGCCCCUUGUUAGCAGAUAUCAAGAACACAAAGUUCGUCCCUCCCCACAAGGUCAGCGAGGCUCUGUCUCGGCUUUGCCCUCCAUUUGGAAGCAACGUGAAUGGUGAGCUCUCGUACAUCCCCUUCAAUGGGUCAGUCCUACCCAAACACGAGACAAUCUCAUGGACGAGUGCGAAUAUUCUACCCCGGCAAGCAUGUCCUUGUCCUUGGGACAUUAAACAAAUGCUUGGAAUCUACAAAAAGCCACCUGUGGAAGUAGUCGUUGCACACUGUUUGACGAUUUCCAAACGUUUUGCCAAGACGCUUAACGAGGACAUGAAGAAUCUGACGGAACCUUGCAAGAUAAAGGAUGUUAUGGAAGCUCUUUAUGAUUUUCUAUCGACUUGCGCUGACGAUGUUUCAGUAGAUCGCCUAAAAAACGCACAGUGCAUUCUCGUCGCGAACGGAAGGCGCGUCGUUCUUCCACGCCAGAUUGUUGUCCAAUUCCCCAUAGAGAUCCCUCCGUAUCUGUACAAGAUCCCGCUCGAGCUCGGUAAGUUCCACGAACUGUUCAAGCGGCUCGGUGCCACUGGCACUGUAACAGUACAGCAGUAUGUAUCAGUCCUUGACAUGAUCCAUAAAGAGUGUGGCAACAAAUGCAUGGAUCCUAAUGAGAUGAAAAGCUCUCUAAUGGCAACCAAAGGGAUAUUUGAUCUGCUUUCACAGAGCAAACAAACCCCUGAUGAAAUGGAGCAUCUGUUCUUACCAGGUGCGAGAAAAAGUGAAAAAGACCGGGUGUAUUUAGUCCCCUCCCACCAGCUUAUUUGUGAUGAUGCGCCGCACUUUCGCGAUAGAAUCGACGGAUUUGAAGAGGUUUUGUUGAUUAGGCUAAAAGACUGCGGGCUGGAAAACGCCAGUGAUGACACGCUUGUCUGUAAGCUACCAGAGAAGGUCCGUCCUCAAAUGAUGACUCAGGUAGUGGAAGAGAGGCUACUUAAUAAUGAUAGUAAAGCAUGUGAUGACGACGACCAAUCAAAUGUGGCAGCAAGACAACUCAGACAGGUUAUCAAUUCGGAUGAAUUCUGCCUAGGAUUCGCCCGCCUCGUCAAGCACGAAGACUACGAGAACCAAAACGAAACAAGGCCAGAUAUUCUGAGCGACAUCAAGAGUAAGCUUGCUAGUCUUCGAGUUGUCAGUGGUCCAGAACUGCGCACACAGCUUUUCUACAAAGAGCAUGCAAUUCCUGGUAGUGAGUCCAAAGUUGACUGCUUCGAUGAACACAGCAAUACCGAUAACAUCGUGACACUCUACGUCAACACAGACAUUCAAUCAAUUCAGCCAAAGAUUGCUGAGGUCGUCAAUAGAAUUGCUGGUAAGGUUCUUACAAAUCUGGUGUACCUAGCACCACUUCUUAGCAUGCCUCCUUGGGAAAUAAGCUUGUACCUGGACAAGAAUAAGAUCCGUGAGGACAACAGUGUGGAGACGUCGUAUCUGCCCGAGCCUGGUUCCUAUGUUCACCUGGAUCAUCAUUUUCUCCUGGAUAACUCCUUUGAUCACUUCCACGCAGGCGAGUAUGUGGGCUACGAGAUGGACGACCCAAGCCUGCGGGAUGAGGAUGGUCCUCCUACUUACAUCUACGCGAUCGUGGUGGAGGAAAUCCCAGGAGAGGAGAGCACUGCGCUCUUUCUAACUCGGAAGUACAAGAUCAACAUCGGUGACGACCGGGAGGUAAUCGCAGAUGGAAUUGAUCUGUAUAAGUUCAGACGACCACCAGACGCACAACGUGAUGGCACUGGCAUGGAACUUGUCAAACGUGCUAGUGAGAGUGAAGUACCUCCUCCCAAGCACACUGGGGUUCUUAAGGAUGCCCUUGGCGAAGUGACAAGAGUUCUCGAAGAGGCAUGGAAACUGCCCUUGGAAACACGCAGGAAGAUCAUCAAACGACUCUUCCUCAAGUGGCACCCAGACAAGAACCCGGACGAUGUUGAGUUCUGCACUAAGGUGUUUCAGCACCUUCAGAAUGAGAUUCAAAGGCUGGAGAGCGGAAAAGCCAGUGUCUUUCACUCUUCUGGCUUCUCUGAUUUCCAUGGCUUUUCUCAGAGGUGGGGUAGACGAGCCCGCAGCUACGGACAAAGCUGGAGUAGCUAUGGAACUAGUCGCGGGUAUAGCGGGGGAUGGUCUAGUUACCGUUCCUCUUAUGUGCCGAGGAGCUCUGGGCGCAGGAACCCUCAGCCCACAGAAUCGCGACGAUGGUUUCGCCAAGCUGAGGCGGAUCUCGCGGCGGUUGCGAAUGAUCUGGGUGUUCUGAACAUGUACUACGAAUGGGGAUGCUUCAAGUCUCAUCAGGCUGCUGAAAAGGCACUAAAGGCUGCCCAGUUCUCAUUGGACGCGACCAACGUUCGCAUACACGACCUACACAUGAUCGCCAGGUGUUUAGACGAUUCCACACUCAGCAGCCUCGCCGUGCAGCUUGAAGGCCUGGUUGGUAACUCUAUGCGCAUGCGCUACCCAGACUGCAUGGUUUCUCCCAGAAUCCCUCACGAUGUGUACACAAGACAGCAAAGUCAAGAGGCGUAUUGUCUGGCCAAAGAGAUCUUGAAUCGAGUCAGGGAGAGAUUUUUUGAGAUGAGGCAACACCUAAGAAUCCAAGACACUGACGCUGUUAUUGGAAGGAAUGAAGCGCUCCAGCAAACGGAACAGUACUUGCAAUUGUUCCCGAAUCUACACAAUAGGAAACAAUAUUGGGACGAACUAGCGAAGGAAGUGUACCGCUACAUUGGAGACAAGGAAGUCCCCCUUCUGCCUGUCCAUCGCCCAGUGGAAGAUGAGUCUGCGAGUGAAAAGAAGGAAAAGGAUGAACAAGCGUCACGUGUGAAGAUCGAGUGGGAAGCUGUUCUUUUAACCGACACGCUUCUGCGCAGCGGCCUGAACCUAGCCGAGGCUCCACUUAACCUUUUCAACAACUUCAAAAAAUCAGAUGUAGAUGUAGCAUGCGUUAAUCCAGAAGACGUCCUCUCCUUUUACCACACAGGCAGCAACAUCGAGUGCCUUCCCCAAUGUCUAAAAGACACUGGGAUAAAGAACGUGGAAAACCUGUUACUUGUGUUGGCGUACUGCAAACAUUCCGAUAAGUUUCUUAAAAGUCUUCACGGGCUGCCCUUGUUGCUAACACAAGAUGGAAUGCUGAGAAUGUUUGACGAGGAAAACCCGGUCUUUCUAACGACACACCACACCCUUACCCCAAGAAAUGCCUCACUCUUUGUGCACCGUAACCUCUUCAACAUUGUCUUUUAUGAGGCCCUGUCUAAAUCAAAUGUCUUCAAGCGGUUCGAUAUUGCCGCUUUUGCAAAGCUACUACCUAACAACCUCGAACGGAAGUACAAUGUUAGCGAUGAAUUUAUCGAAUGGGAUCCUAUUUCAGACAACAAGAAUGACCUGCCCUCGGGGGGAUGGCUGUUCGACGUCUGGAAGCUCAUGAAAAGUGAGAUAAAAGAUGCGAUAAAGAACUGUGUCAAGCAGAACCAUAAUGAGGUAACAUUGGAGUACAAAUCGAGAAUAGCUCAAAAUGUAGUAGCUCCUCUUCAAAAUUGGUGUCUAUUACCUGUCGAAGAGACCGAGUGCUCGUCGCUGGCUUCAAGUGGAACACGUCAUCGGCAACUGUUGGCACCUUUUUCUAUGUCAAAACUUGUUGUGUCGCUUCCAUCUCAAGUUGUGCCUUUCCGUUUCGAUUCUAUUUGUGGCGUACUACGAAAGCUGGCACUUCCAGAGAUCAACACGCGGGUUAUAGUAUCACCCAGCAACACAAGCAGCAUAUUUGAAAGCAAUGCUGACUCCUUGGCUCGCCUGCUUGUCGCCAAUGUUGGCAAUCCAAGACUGAUCCUCUCAGCGCUUUCCCACAAGCUAAAUAAAGUCGAACUCCCUUCUACCAUCACCUCGAAGGAUUGCAAAGAUGUGCUCACAUACUUCAACGGCAACGUGACAUCACUUUGGCCUGACGACUCUUACAGUUUGAAGACACUACCAUUUCACGAAACAGUGAAUGGCGAACACACCAGUAUCGCUGAAAAGAAAGUCUAUGUUCUACCAUCUGAAAUACCCAAGGCUGGAUUAAACAUCUGGGAAAGAAGUGGGCUAGUGUUUUUGAAAGGGGACCAAAGCCUUGAGGCUUUGUAUCAAUUCCUGGAUUUCCCGUGCAAGAAUUCCGUGGAUAUAUAUUGUGAAGUUAUUUUGCCUCGUUUCCAAGAUAUGACACAGCAAGCUCACAUUGACCAUUUGCAAUUUCUGGACGGAAAACGUUUUACACUUCAGCUGCAGCAGGGCGGCACGCUAGACAGAAAUAGACUCAUUUCUUCAUUGAGCAGCCUUAAGUUUCUCCCUGGCGUUGUACAUGGCCAGCUGAAGCCCGCCUCUUCCUUCUACGAUCCACGCAACGAUGUUUUCAAAAUUAUGCUUGAAAGCAAGGCAGGAUCGUUUUGCCACAUCGUUAGCAACCAGAAGUUCGUAGAAUUUGCUGAAGAGGUGGCGGAUGAAGCAAUAUAUUCUAGAACUGAUGCCAUCUUCAAAAAGUCGCUGACUCUUAUCAAACAACUUUUCAAGCGAAAAGACAUAACAACUAGCUCCAUCUUAGUAGAUAUCAAGAACACGAAGUUCGUCCCUCCCCACAAGGUCAGCGAGGCUCUGUCUCGGCUCUGCCCUCCAUUUGGAAGCAACGUGAAUAGUGAGCUCUCGUACAUCCCCUUCAAUGGGUCAGUCCUACCCAACCACGAGACAAUCUCAUGGACGAGUGCGAAUAUUCUACCCCGGCAAGCAUGUCCGCCUUGGCCCUUAAGGGGCAUUGAACAAAUGCUUGGAAUCUACGAAAAGCCACCUGUGGAAGUAGUCGUUGCACACUGUUUGACGAUUUCCAAACGUUUUGCCAAGACGAUCAACGGGGACACGAAGAAUCUGACGGAACCUUGCAAGAUAAAGGAUGUUAUGGAAGAUCUUUAUGAUUUUCUAUCGACUUGCGCUGACGAUGUUUCAGUAGAUCGCCUAAAAAACGCACAGUGCAUUUUCGUCGCGGACGGAAGGCGCGUCGUUCUUCCACGCCAGAUUGUUGUCCAAUUCCCCAUAGAGAUCCCUCCGUAUCUGUACAAGAUCCCGCUCGAGCUCGGUAAGUUCCACGAACUGUUCAAGCGGCUCGGUGCCACUGGCACUGUAACAGUACAGCAGUAUGUAUCAGUCCUUGACAUGAUCCAUAAAGAGUGUGGCAACAAAUGCAUGGAUCCUAAUGAGAUGAAAAGCUCUCUAAUGGCAACCAAAGGGAUAUUUGAUCUGCUUUCACAGAGCAAACAAACCCCUGAUGAAAUGGAGCAUCUGUUCUUACCAGGUGCGAGAAAAAGUGAAAAAGACCGGGUGUAUUUAGUCCCCUCCCACCAGCUUAUUUGUGAUGAUGCGCCGCACUUUCGCGAUAGAAUCGACGGAUUUAAAGAGGUUUUGUUGAUUAGGCUAAAAGACUGCGGGCUGGAAAACGCCAGUGAUGACACGCUUGUCUGUAAGCUACCAGAGAAGGUCCGUCCUCAAAUGAUGACUCAGAUAGUGGAAGAGAGGCUACUUAAUAAUGAUAGUAAAGCAUGUGAUGACGACGACCAAUCAAAUGUGGCAGCAAGACAACUCAGACAGGUUAUCAAUUCGGAUGAAUUCUGCCUAGGAUUCGCCCGCCUCGUCAAGCACGAAGACUACGAAAACCAAAACGAAACAAGGCCAGAUAUUCUGAGCGACAUCAAGAGUAAGCUUGCUAGUCUUCGAGUUGUCAGUGGUCCAGAACUGCGCACACAGCUUUUCUACAAAGAGCAUGCAAUUCCUGGUAGUGAGUCCAAAGUUGACUGCUUCGAUGAACACAGCAAUACCGAUAACAUCGUGACACUCUACGUCAACACAGACAUUCAAUCAUAUCAGCCAAAGAUUGCUGAGGUCGUCAAUAGAAUUGCUGGUAAGGUUCUUACAAAUCUGUUGUACCUAGCACCACUUCUUAGCAUGCCUCCUUGGGGAAUUAGCUUGUACCUGGACAAGAAUAAUAUCCGUGAGGACAACAGUGUGGAGACGUCGUAUCUGCCCGAGCCUGGUUCCUAUGUUCACCUGGAUCAUCAUUUUCUCCUGGAUAACUCCUUUGAUCACUUCCACGCAGGCGAGUAUGUGGGCUACGAGAUGGACGACCCAAGCGUGCGGGAUGAGGAUGGUCCUCCUACUUACAUCUACGCGAUCGUGGUGGAGGAAAUCACAGGAGAGGAGAGCACUGCGCUCCUUCUAACUCGCAAGUACAAGAUCAACAUCGGUGACUACCGGGAGGUAAUUGCAGAUGGAAUUGAUCUGUAUAAGUUCAGACGACCACCAGACGCACAACGUGAUGGCACUGGCAUGGAACUUGUCAAACGCGCUAGUGAGAGUGAAGUACCUCCUCCCAAGCACACUGGGGUUCUUAAGGAUGCCCUUGACGAAGUGACAAGAGUUCUCGAAGAGGCAUGGAAACUGAUCUUGGAAACACGCAGGAAGAUCAUCAAACGACUCUUCCUCAAGUGGCACCCAGACAAGAACCCGGACGAUGUUGAGUUCUGCACUAAGGUGUUUCAGCACCUUCAGAAUGAGAUUCAAAGGCUGGAGAGCGGAAAAGCCAGUGUCUUUCACUCUUCUGGCUUCUCUGAUUUCCAUGGCUUUUCUCAGAGGUGGGGUAGACGAGCCCGCAGUUACGGACAAAGCUGGAGUAGCUAUGGAACUAGUCGCGGGUAUAGCGGGGGAUGGUCUAGUUACCGUUCCUCUUAUGUGCCGAGGAGCUCUGGGCGCAGGAACCCUCAGCCCACAGAAUCGCGACGAUGGUUUCGCCAAGCUGAGGCGGAUCUCGCGGCGGUUGCGAAUGAUCUGAACAUGUACUACGAAUGGGGAUGCUUCAAGUCUCAUCAGGCUGCUGAAAAGGCACUAAAGGCUGCCCAGUUCUCAUUGGACGCGACCAACGUUCGCAUACACGACCUACACAGGAUCGCCAGCUGUUUAGACGAUUCCACACUCAGCAGCCUCGCCGUGCAGCUUGAAGGCCUGGUUGGUAACUCUAUGCGCAUGCGCUACCCAGACUGCAUGUCUUCUCCCAGAAUCCCUCACGAUUUUUACACGAGACAUCAAAGUCGAGAGGCGUAUCGUCUGGCCGAGGCGAUCUUGAAUCGAGUCAAGGAGAGAUUUGUCGAUCAGGGCCAAAUGGAAUUACGAAAAGGUCGAAAAAGAGAAGCGGCAAAGGCAACAAAGGAAAAAAGAGUAAAAAAAAGGAAAAUGAAAGAUUAAGAAAGAAAGAGUAGAAAAGUUCUAAUUUUGCUCGACUGUAAGUAGUAAUGGCAACGCUUACGACAGUUUAUUAGUGAAAUAGCCAAUAAUCGUUUUCAUCAUAUAGCGGAUUUCAGAUGAGUGUAGAAAGUAAGUCUUGCGACUUGAAUUUUGUCAAACUUUCUAUAGGUAGAGGGCAAAGUCUUUUGUGAAAUUGAAAACUAAAUCAAAACGCGCCAAUACCCACGUCAUGACUACAAAGGCCUGACUCCAUUUCCUGAUUGGUUUGUUGUUGAAUGGCUUCGACCUCUGAUCUGCAUCUGCGUUUAGUUUUCGACACUCAUCUGAAAUCCGCUCUAUCCAUCUUUAAACUUUUAGAAGUUCCGUUUCCAUCAAAAUUGUUACAUUCGCAUUUACGUUCUUUUUAUACUUUAGAACUAAGUAGUUUCACGAAGUAGUUUCACUCAGAAGAAAACAUCAGAAAUAAACUUGAAUCUGUAUUCGUUUGUCAAACGCAUUUUAAAGCCACGCCCCGUGUUGAGGACCAUUGUGGGGGUACCCACAGAACAGCGUGGAAACGGAACAAAAAGAAAACGGUAGAAAACAACUUAAUUGAUUUCAAAAUGCAACAUUGAUCAAGGAAAAUUUUCAAAUAUAUCCGUCAAGAAGGGAUGUGUUGGUGAAUAUGUCAGGGGGAACAUUUAGUGAAUACAUUUCCCUUGUAAUAAACUUUGAUUAUACUAUAUUACCUGGAUUUAUAUUUGAAAAUUACAAUAAUAAUUGGUGACAGUGAGUGAGUUUUUUUUUUUGUUAUUUACCAGAUGUAACUAUUACUCUUGUUUUCGUGCAAAUAAAUAUAUUAUUUUGUA